AUUGGAUUCUAAUUUGUUUACUCCACAGUGCGCGGGAAAUUCUUUUAUUUAUUUAAAAAAUUUUAAUUUAAAAACAUUUUAUUCAAUUAAUUUAAAUACAAAAAUGGAAACAAUUUGUCGUAAACGUUUACGUUCUGAUGAAUAUCCAUAUCAAUUACAAAGUAAAAUGUUUAUUAAUCAACAAAGAGUUGAUCGACUUAACGAUGAAAAAAUGAAAAGAAUUCAUAGUAAAACAAUAUCAAUGCUCUUCAAAGGCGCACAAAAUCUAGAUAAUUCUGAUGUAGCUACUAAGCCUUUGGGAUUAAAUGAAAUAUCCCAAUUAGUUACUUUAAGUGGAAGUGGCAAUUUAGUAUUUGCUUCCAAGGAAAAGCCCGAAGGAUUCCCUAAAGAAAAACUCAAGUCAAAAUGCUGUGGAAAAGACGCUUUUAUCACAGGAGAUUGCUUCAAUUGUAAUUUAGGACUCUGUGAGUUCUGUGCUUCUUCCUGCACUGGUUGUGGCCAAUUCUUGUGUGGCAGUUGCAUUAUGCUUUUUGAAUGCGGAACUUAUGAACAACCAAUUUGCGAACGAUGCAAAAUGUUCAACUGAGAGUCGUUGUUGGCUAUUCUCUAAUUUAGUUUUUAAUAUAAAACAAUUGCAAUCAAAAUAUCUAUGUAUUUAUAACUUAUAAACCUAUAUUUUUAGAAUGAUGGUUAAAUUGUAUAGUUAAGUUUAAUUGAAUAAAGUUUGUUAGGUAUGUUAGCUCAAA